UGUGUGUGUGUGUGUUGUGUGUGUCUGUGUGUGUGGGGGGAUGUGUGUGGGGGGAUGUGUGUGUGCGCGUGUGGGAGUGUGUGUGUGUGCUCCGCCGUAGGGUACCAGCUGCUGCUCUGAUGGCCUGUGUAAGAGCAACCUCUGCCAUUUUUGUUCGUCGGUGCCACCCUUCCUCCUUGCUCCGCCUCCUUGCCUCUCCUCCUGUCUUCCUACCUCGCGUAUCCUUACCAUCGCUGCGACUGAGCACCGCAGCCACCCACAUGAUCUUUUUUAUCGGAAAUGCUCCACGAAUGUGAGAGCAACAGCCGGCGCAUGGGUUCUUGCAGGUAGUCCUAACGGAAGCGUGCAGAUCGCUUGUCAUUCUUGCAGGUAGGUCCUAACGGAAGCCACUUGCUAGCAGCGACAAGCAAUAUUUCUCCUCGAGCCGCCGCGGUGUUGUCUUGCAUGCUUGUGACGAGCUGCACAUUUGGUCGAUCAGCUUCGGCAUUGUACUGUCAGUAUCAGUCAGUCCUCAACGUCCGCAGUUUUUACAGCGGCCCAUGGCAUUCCUCGUCUUCCUUAUGCAUUGCUGCUAGCUUGCCAUCAGAACAAGCUUGGCUUGGAAUCGUGGACGGCCUCAGUGUCCAGUUCAUCUGGCUCGUGGCUUCGCGGGACCAUUUUCUGCCACAUAAGCGUAGCAGCAGCCUGGAGCCAGCGGCAUUCGUUGCGGUUCGCGCGCGCACGGGUCCCCUCCUCCUCCUCCUCCUGCUGCUGCUGCACCGCUGAAGAGGA